AUGGACGAUAAAGACGAUUAAUUCGGUGAUGAUUUUAACGAAUUAGAUGAUUUUUCAAUAAUUCACAUUAGAGUAUAAUAAAGAAGAGGAAGAAAAUGUUUUACAAGUAUUGAAGGAAUACCCCCGAUUUUCGAUUAUAAUAAAAUUAUUAAAUACUGGAAAAAAUGGCUUAAUUGUAAUGGUACCCUUGUAGAAGAAGAUGGAUAAAAAACUAUUAGGUUAAAUGGUGAUCAUAGAGAAAAUAUAUCCAAAUUUUUAGCAAACGAAGGUAUUACAACAGAAGAAAAUAUAAGAAUACAUGGUGUUUGA